AUGGCGGCUCCUCCACCGCUUCCGGCCGGCGCGCGCCAGGGACACGUCCUCCUACCGGCCGGAAGGACGUCACGGGAGGUGGCCACGCCCCCAGCAACCGCCCCGGCCGCCGUUGCUAGGAGACAGAGAGCGGCUGGGCCCGCUCCCGGGCCCCGAGCCCGAUCCAAAUCCCGGUCACCGAUCUUGGGAUCCCUGUCAUGGCCCCGAUCCCGGCCCCGAUUCCCGACCCGAUCCCGGCCCCGCAUCCCUCCAGGCCGGCCGCGGCCGUUCCCAGGCUGGUUCGCCCCCCGCGGGGCACGGCGCAGGUGGAAGGCCCCGGCACCGAAAGCCGGAGCUGCCGCUGCCCCUCCCUGCCCAGACCCCUCCGGGCGAGGAGCAGGGGGGUCCCUGGGGCGGGGGGUCCCUGCUCGCCCCUGCCACGAGUGGGAAGGUGACUUCUGCAGCCGCCAUCAGCCCGAGUGCGCCGGGCCGGGACUCCCAGCCUUCUCCCCCAUCCUGCGCUGGGUUUUCCUCCCUCUGCCGCCCCCCGAGGACCCCCCUGCACCGCCGGGGCUCCGCCGUGCCCGCUCCCAGACCGCCCUCGGCUGCGCCCGGCGAGCACCAUCGAAACUCCCCGUAACUGGCAUCAAACCCUUCAGGCCGCUGAGCCGGGGCUCUGCUGGAAAGGUGACUGAAACCUGCCUCGUCCUCACAAACGCCCCCCGCCCCCCCGAACCACUGGCCAUGCCGCAGAGCCCCCUGGCCCCCCGGGGCCACGCGUCCCCAGGGCCGGGAGAACCGCCGGCUGCAGCUGCCGGAGGGACGGGCAGCAGCGAGGAGCCCCCGGCCCGGUGCGCAGCCCCCGGCCCGGUGCGCAGCCCCCGGCCCCGGUGCGCUCGUGAUCCCCUUUCCGGCUCCACCGUGCCGGCCACCGCCAGCGGCUCCCGCUCCCGGGCCGCGGAGCGAACGGAAACUCCCGACCUGACCCGGGGAAGGCACCGCCGACCCCCGCUGGCCCCGGGCCCGGGGCCGCUGAGCCGGUUACACCGCAGCAUCCCAGCUGCUCGCCGGCAGCGCAGCCUAAAAACAACCGGCAGAGCCCCCGCGGCUCCAGCGUCGCCUCCCCGGCUGCCCGGGGUCACUCCCUGA